CCACCCCAUCGAGCUAAAAGCCUAAAACCUAGCUUGACAAUUGUCCAUUGGAGUGGCACAAUGUCCGCUCCACAGCAGUAGAAUUGCUCCAUUUUCUGGCAUCUGGGUUUUCUCCUUUGUAAUGGCGCACGGAGGUUAUGGAAAGCGCAGAGUCCCUGAAGCUAAUAGUAAUAGAAACCGGCGACCCAAAUCGUUAGGUGUUGAGAAGAAGUCCAAGCCUAAGGCUGUUUCUAUAAAGAAUCAAAUUCGCUCCGUCGAACGCAUGCUCCGCAAAGAUCUGCCUCCUGAAAUUAGAGAAGUUCAAAAACAGAAGUUGGAGGAACUCAAAAAGCAGCAAGAGCUUCAGAAUCGUCUGGCUGUAGAACGCAAAAUAUUUCUACGCAACAGGAAGGUUAAGUUUUUUGAUAGAAGAAAAAUAGAGAGAAGAAUAAGACGUUUAGAGAAACAGCAGCGCACUUCAUCUUGUAAGGCCCAAGAAACAGAUAUUGCUGAACAACUUGCUAAACUGAAAGAGGACCUUGAAUAUGUUCGGUUCUUUCCCAAGAAUGAGAAAUAUGUACCCUUGUUUUCGGGAGGUGACGAGCAAGAUAUUGUUGACAAAAGAUGUAAAUUACGGGAUCAAAUCAAAGCCAAUAUAGUUGCUGCUGCCGCAAGUGGGAAAGAUUUGGAAGAAACAGGGAGCGAAGAUGAUGGGCUUCUUGAUUUAAGCGAUGAUGAUUUCUUUGAAAGUGGAAGUUCAAGUGAUGAUGCCGAUGACGAGUGGACUGAUAAAAGUGCAAGAGAACAAGCUUCUAGUGCAUCUGGGAAAGCAGCUUCUAGUAUGUCCAGCGAUGAAAAGAAUCAGAAGCAAAUAUCUGCCCGUGCUCUAAUGCCGCCACCUCGUCCUUCGAGCAAGUCUUUUAGUCACUCAGCAAAUAAAAAAUCACGGUUUGGAGGAUCUACAAGUAAGAAAUCAUCUUUCCGUGAUAUGUCAACCUCCAGCAACACGUCAGAUAGCAUUAAUAGAUCUACCUUCAGAAAAGGAAGACCUGCAGAUUCACUCACAGGCAACAGUGGCAAUAUCAGCUCUAACUCUGAUGCUCGAAAACCCCGAAGAAAGAGGAGACCUAAGAAGAAAAAACAACAGGCUUGAAUCAAGUUUCUAUAGCUCCAAAUACAUUGUUGUUACCAGAGUUCUGAGGACAAUUGAAAUGCCUCUUAUAUUUCAAAAAAAAAAUAGAUAGCAAGUUGUUGAGGCUACAUAUGCUUGAAUAACAUUUGUUUGAUAUUGUCUUCACUAAGCUUUAUUAUUACUUUAUUUUCUUAAUUUUAAUCUUUUACUUUACAGAA